GUAAACAUAUACCAAAAUUUCACCUCAAUGCUCUUCAUAUCACAUACCACACACUCAUACAUAUAAGCUUUGACCUUCCUAUAGAAACGAUCUAGAAGAAAGCAUAUAUCAAAACUUUCUGAUCAGUUCUCUUUAUAUGGCGGAGGAGUUUCAAGCUACGGCGGCGAUUUGUGGUGGCGGAGGCGGCGCGUGGUGGAACUCGCCAAGGAGCGUUAUGUCUCCUUCUGAUCAUUUCUUGUCACCUUGUUUCGGAGCUGCUAUCACUUCCGAUGAUUUUGGCUCCCAAGAGAAUAUCAAAUCUAGGAUGACUUGUACCGACAACAAUAUCGUUUUUGGGCAGCGAGAGGCGGAUUCCGAUAGUGGAGGAAGCACCGUGACGAUUGACUCGACGUUGCAGAUGAUGGGUCUAGGGUUUUCCUCAAACUCUUCUACAGAUUGGAACCAAACCAUUUUACAAGAAGACUUAAACUCAAACUUCAUAAGGACCUCACAAGAUCAAGAUAAUGGCCAAGGAUUCUUAUCCACAACUACUUCACCUUAUAUACUUAAUCCAGCUUGUUCUUCAUCUCCAUCAACUUCUUCGUCCUCAAGCUUGUUACGAACCUUUUACGAACCCGAACCAAGUCCAUACAACUUUAUCUCCACCUCAAGUGGUUUAAUCAACGAUCCUCAACUCUCUUGGGCGAAUAAGACAAACCCUCAUCAUCAAACCGCUUAUGGACUAAUUAACAACUUCUCUAACAACCCAAAUUCUCGACCCUUUUGGAGUUCAUCAACAACUAACGUAAACAACACGACGCCGACCAAUUUUGUAACUACUCCGCAGAUAAUCUCUACUCGUGUCGAUGACAAAACCAAGAAUCUGAAGACAAGAGCUCAGAGUGAGUCUUUGAAGAAAGCAAAGGAUAAUGAAUCUGAGGCGAAGAAACCCAGAGUCACCACGCCUUCAGCGUUGCCAACUUUUAAGGUGAGAAAAGAGAAUCUAAGGGACCAGAUUACUUCAUUACAACAACUAGUGUCACCUUUCGGAAAG